UUAAACAUUUGACAGAUAUUUAAACGCAACAGUUUUAGAACGCAAGGACGCUAUUUUUCUUAGAAAUGGUAAAUUGGAACAUAAUUGAACACGGUUUUAAUACCGAAGAUCAAACUUUAAAUUUUGGUGCUCGUGAAUUUGGAGGUGAAACUAAUCUUUACGAAUCUUGUACUUUAGCAACUAUAAAAAGUGACGGAACAUGCGACAAGAACUAUAACCCACGAAUAAUCCAUCAUAUCAAAGCAAACAAGUUGUUUUAUGCUAUAGAUUCAUCUCUAGGGGUGUUUUCUGAUUUGCAUUGUUCCAAUGUUGAUUUAAGCAUUAUUCUUGAAGAAAUCUGUGAUGUGUUAUGUAUUACAAAAAACGCAAAGUACGCUUUUAUUGGGCUUAGAGAUGGAUCAUUUAAAUUAUUAAAUGUCGAGGAGAAAACCCUUUUAAUUGAGAGCAAGCUUUUGGAUAAUCCUGAAAAACAAAUCAUCUUUUUGGAUUGUUAUCUUCACACUUUGACAGAAAACCAAUUGGUUUAUUUUAUUGUUACCACAACUGGAGAUAUUUUCAGGUUAGAAAUCAACAAUAUCCAGAACGAUUGUGAAUUUAAAAAUGAUCUCCUUCAUCAAACGCACUGUGAUACUAAAAUCGUAGCUUUUCAUUAUCCUUAUAUUUUAUUGAACGGUUCUAAAAUGAUUAUUUACAACAUAGAAUGUGAUGAAUUCUUAAUCGGAAUGGGUUUUGAGGCAGUUAAAGCUGUUCCAUAUGAAAAUAGUAUGUUUUUAAUAUUGGAUACCAAUGGAAAUCUUAUUUUAAUCUGCUCAAAAACGUUAUAUUUUUACAAAAUCGCCACGCAAACUCCAUUUACUAAUUUUGUUUAUAUUGAAAGCCAAAAUGAAAACGAAUUAUUGCUUCAAUUAUUAUUUAUUUCAACAUCUGCCGAAAUCGGUUUAAAUUAUCUAAAAUCAUUUGGAACCAUUUUAAACCUAGAUGAUCCAAGCUUUGUAAUUAAACACGCCGAAAAUAUUCAUUUAAUCGUUCCUGAAUCGAUUCGAGAUGAUUACAUUUACGUUACUAGUGUAAAAAAAGAUGGAGUAAUCGUUGAAUUUCGUGUCCAAAUUGUUAAAGAAACGGUUAAAGAAUUUCGUUUCAAGCGUUUAUUAAAACGGCAUGCAUUUGACGAGGCAGAAAUGUUUGCUAAAAUUUUUAAUUUGGAUAGGACGUUAAUUGUGAAGGGACGAGCGAAAGCGCUAAUUUCGAAAGACAAUUUUAAUCGGGAAACGAUUCAGGAAUUGUUUAAACUGUUCGAUCAGGUAGAUGAUGUUGAAUUCAAACUAAUUUGUUGUUAUGAUAUGUACGAAUUAUGCACAAAUGGUGAGGACGUAAGAUAUGUUUUGGAGUAUGGCUCUGAUUUGGUGAGGAAGUAUCAGGAUAAUGUAGAAAUCGAAACUUUAUCAAAUACAUUAAUGGAUGUUUUAAAUAAAUUCGAGACCUUCGAAUUUUUACAGAGAUACCAAAAUAGCAUGUCAUGGGAAAAAUUUUCAUCAUGUGAUUCAACAAAAUUGUAUCUCGAGCAAUUAUUGAUGGGAAAUAUGGAAGUAGCAUCUAUUUUGCUCAAUCGAUUGGAUAUUAAGUUGUCGGAAACUAAUGUUACAUCAGUUUUAAACAUUUUAGAUACAAUUCCUUCGGAUUUUCGCCAACGUUUUUUGUAUGGUUUUAUUUCAAUUACACUGCGAAAUUUGCCUUCGUCAAUAAUCGUCUUCAACGAAUGGAUAAUAAAGAAAGUUUUUGAUAUGGAAAAAGAAGAGCGUGUUAAAUUCCCUGAAAACGCAAUUACUUUUAUUAACGAGAUAACAACAUUGUUGCUUAAUGAAAACGAAAUAUUUCAAUCUGACCUUUUUCAAAGCAGUUUCAAUGAUAUCAAAAUGCUUUUAGAGUCCUUAAAUCGAUUAAAACAUCUAUCAAGAACUUACAAUAUUUGCAUUUCUCUUAGAAAAUGUCUUCACGAUUCUAAAUCUUUAAUUUUGACUUUAUUAUCGUCAUGGCUGGACAAAGAUGAUUUUAUAAAAUUUUACGACGAUUUUUUAUGUAAUUUUAUAUUGGAAAAUAAUCUUCAACCAGAUGAUGUGCUAUUAGAAGCUAUUGAUCUCGCGAUGAGUUAUCAAAAAGCUGUUAUGGAAAUCUGUGUUUCAUCCUAUUUAGAACGAAUUAAUUCUAUUGAAAAGAAAUUGAUGGCCAUUUAUAAAGUUGCUUUUUCCGCAAACGUUCCUUGGUCCAACUUUGUUAGAAACGUAGCGAAUUCUUCAUUGGAAUAUGAUCAUCCUAUCACUGAACAGAUUUUGGAAUUAAUUGAGAAGGAACCAAAGAAAUCAGUUUUAAUGAAAUAUAAUUUACAUCAAUAUAUCAAUUUAACUUCAAUUUUUAAGGUGAUGUUUCUGAUCAACAGAAUUUUAUACGUCAAUAAACCAACGAUGAUUGAAGAUGUACUUACUCUAACUAUAACAUCAAAAGAGAAGCGACUGGGGAACUUUAUGCUAUUUGAAAAUUUAGUUCACAACUGGAGAACUGAAGAUGCAUAUACAUUUUUAGACAGGAUUGAAACCGAAGAUUGGAUUCCGUUUUGUAAUUCCAUCACAAAUAGUAUUAUUGUCUCAAGCAAAAAUGACUUCAAAUCAAUAAAAAAGUUUUCAAGUUUUAUACCUAUAAUUAAACGUAAACAGAAAGAAAAAGUUCCGAACUACAUCUAUCAGAAAAAUUUAGACAAUAUGUUCGAUAUGAUCACCGGUUAUUUUAAUACAAAAGAAAUGUAUAAUGAAGUUGUGAUGAACGAUUUAUUAGAUUCAAGAAAAACCGAUGAACUCUUAAAUAUUUUAAUACAAAACGCUUUCGAUGAGUUCAAAGCGAAUGAUACAGAUUUAGAUCUAUUAGAUUUCUUGAUUAAUAGGACAGCAAAAUGUGUAAAACCUAUUAAUAAAAGCAAAAUCUUCUUAAAAUUUUUAAUGAGAUGUAACAACUUAGCUGUUAUAAACAAAUAUGCCAAUGAAUAUUAUUAUCACGUAGAUGAUCCAAAAGAAUUAUUUGAAUUAGGUGUGGUGAUCAUUAAAAAAACAAACAUUAACGAGAAUUUAAUUUGCGACGUAACUUUUCAAGAUUUAACGGCUUCCUGUGGGCCAGGAAACACUCAAACAUUAAUUACGAAUGUAGGUUUAGCACAAAAAUUGUUUAUUAAAGCUAUGUUAUACGAUAGAUGUUCUGAAAAUCAAGGAGUGGUUAACACUUAUUUAUUAGUAAAAACUUUUUUUGGAUCAAUUACUCGAAACUUGCACGUUAACAAACAACAGGAAUGGUUUUUACUUAGAAAUGCUAUAGAAAAUGUCACACCUAGUACAAGAACAUUUUACUCUGUUAAUGAUAUGUUGGAAAUUUUUGUGGGAUGUAAAGGUUUUCUGAAAGCUGUUAAUUUGAAGUACUUAAAUCAUUUCUGCGAUUCACAUGAAGAUUUAGAUGAGGUUAAUCUUCAUGAAACGUUGAAAAAGAUACACACGACAUUGAAGAAUCUUUAUAUGGAAGGCCACGUUUUAGCAGUUUACAACAUUUUAAUAUUUUUCCUAAGAAACCUCGACAAUUCAAAUCAAGAAAUGAUUGAUACUCUUCAAACAUUUAUCAAACAACACUGUAUUCCUAAAUUAUUAGAGAAUAUCUUCUGCGCAAACGUAAUCGACUAUCAAUUUGCGCUUACUUUACUGUUAUCACUCAAUUUUAAUGAGUUUUCAACGUUGAUAAAAAAUUACAUCCGGAUACAUAAAGCUAAUCCGGCUAAAUUAUUUGUUAUAAUGCAACUAACGAUAACAGUUUACCGGCGUAACAAUGUAAUGCAUGAGACUUAUUUAAAAUUGUUACUGUUAUCAAAAUGGUGGUUAAAAAUCAACGGGUGUAAAAUACAAAUGAAAACUUUUUUUGUAAGUUCAACAAAAGAGUUAUUGAAUUUACUUUUUCUGUACAAUCAUUUAAGUCUGGAUAUGUUGGAAGAAUUCUGUAAAGAUUUCAAUUUAAAUUUACAAACGAGUUACGUUACUUAUUUAGAAAAGUUGAUAACGAAUUGGAAACCAGAUUAUGAAAUAAUUAAAGAAACAGACGGAAAACUACAACUUGUAUUAAAAUCCACCGAAAACGAAUUAUUUAGAAAAUGUGAAAAAGUUUUAAAUUUAAUUACAUCAACCGAAAUGUUACCUAAUUACAUUGAAAAAUUUUCAUCAAAUAUUAAUUUUUACUAUUACGAAGCUUUUAUGUGCGUUUUUAAAAUCAUAUCCAAAUUAACAAACAAUACCAACUUUAAUAAACAACAAUUAUUACGAUUUUUAAACAACUAUCGAAGAAUAAACAAACCUGGAAAUCUAGAACUAGAAGAAUGGUUUGCUGUGUUUCCCGUCACCGGUUCCAUCGACGAGCUAUCCAAUUUUCGUCUACCAUUUUCACAAAUGUUGUUUACUGAAGACGUUUGGAACAUUAUUCGCCCGGAAAUCAAUAUAAAAACUUAUCCCACCUGGUUUAAAGCAAUUCCAUUCUUACACAAAUCGUUGAAUGUCGACGAUAUCUGUACUUUUGUUGUUAAAGAAGUCGUUUCUAGUGGCAUUUUAAGCAAAGAAAUCGACGAUAAUCAUUGGCUUUUGUUGGCAAAACAUGAAAGUUUAUUUAAACAAAUCGAAGAUUGUGUUAAAAAUAUCGUCAAUAUUGAAAAGGCUACUUCGGCUAUUAACCACUUGAUGAUUCACACACCGAAUGGUGCUGAUAAAGUAAACGCUGCCUUUAUGUGUUUGCGAUUUGCGAAUAUGUAUAAAAAGUCUACUACUCACGGCAGUGAAGGUGUUGAUGAGGCGUUUAGAAAGAUCCGAAAUAAGUACCUAAAAUACUCCGUUUGUCAAAUUCUUCAUUCGUUCAAAUUAAACAGCGAUGAUUACAGUAAAAUAUUACUACAACCGCAUGAUCUAAUCGAGACGUUAUACAUCCACAAAUCGAUAGAAACCGCAAACUCAACAGUCGUAUUGGCCACACCUGACAUUAAUGCAGCAGUCGAUAAAAUAUCUGCGUUGCAUAAUAUCAAUAUUUUACAAAAGCGCAAAGAAUUACUGGAAGCUUUCCUUUCGACCAGUGCAGAAGAGCCAAAAUAUUCGAAAGAUGUCAUAAUUAAUUUAAAAAGGGCUGCUUAUAUUUGUAAAAGUGGUGAAUUAUCUUUUUGGCAACACCAUUUAGCUCAUUUAGGAACUGAUGACGAAGUACAAUUAAAAUUAAGAGCGAAGGCGAAUGCAUUAAAGUGUUUAACGAUGAUUUCGGAUAUUGAAACAAUUGAAACUAUUUGCUCCUUGGAAUACAACGCAUUUUUAAACUACAUUGACAAAAUAUAUUUAUUAAGCGAUCUUGAAUAUCGCGGUUUUUCCAUGACUAUAGACCAACUCAACAGUUAUAACAAAAAGAUAUUAUUGCGCCAAUUAGCCCAAGAUAUAUUUUACUCUAAUACAAUCAAAAUUAUGGCCGAUAUUUGCAUUAUUUACUCGAUGCUUGACGUGAAGUAUUGGAACAAAAUCAUCGAAGUGUCAAUAAAAUUAGAUAUGCGUGAUGAUUUGAAACAUUAUAUACAAUUUUGGGCCGCGAUGCCGCUAGCAAAAUAUAAGAAUUUUUACAUCAACGCUUGGCAGUAUGUUAUUGAUAAUUCAUUUAAUGAAUGCGCCAUUCUAAACAAACCGGAUGCAUUCAAAUAUUGUAUUAAAACUAUAGUAGAAAUUCAAUCUUGCCCUGUAUUAAAUUUUUUAAAUUUUGAAAAAGUUUUUAAGAAAUUAGUACAAAUGGAUCAAUUCGAAUUUGCCCUGGUUUUUACUCAAUACAUGGCUGAUCCUAUUCGGGAACAUUGUUUAAGAGAAGUUAUGAGUUGUACAGAAAAUGUUAAUAUUUCUGAUUUACAAACUUAUGGAAUAUAUGGAAUUAAUUUAGUUGAAGAUACUUUAAGGAAUUUAUAUUAGUGAGUAAAAGAUUUUACUAUUAGUUAUUAUUAUUAUAAAAUAAUUUCUUACAAAAUAAAUUAAAAAAACGAAA